AUGGCCGAUAUCAUAGUUCCUAUUGUGUUGAAGAACUUGAUCAAGGUGGUGAAGUAUGAAGCUAAUUUGCUAUCUGGAGUGGAAGGUCAAGUGAGUCUACUUGAACGUGAUCUUCAAUUCAUGAAUGCUUUCCUCGAAACUUCUGCUGGGAAACGCGAUGAGCAUCAUCUUGUACAAGUGCUGGUCGACCAAAUCAGAGAUGUUGCUCUUAAAAGCGAGGAUGCUAUCGACACAUACAUGGCUCGCAUCAUGAAGCAGAGGAGGAGGAAUCUGAUGUUGAAGUUGUACCAUUGCAUUGGCCACGCAAGCGGGCUUCACCAUGAUGCAGAUGAGAUAUCACGCAUCAAUGACGAAAUCAAAAAGAUUUAUGAGAAUAAAUCAACAUAUGGCAUCGAUGGGUCAGAAUUAGCUGUAUCCAGCAGUACUGUUGAUGCAAUGGCUGAACAAUGGCUUCACAGGAGGAGGAGAAAUGUGGAAGAAGAUGAUGUGGUGGGCUUCGCAAACGACACAACAACUUUGGUCAAGCUGCUUACUGAUCAAGAGAACAUGGAUCUUGAGGUAGUUUCAAUCAUUGGCAUGGGGGGUUUGGGAAAGACCACACUUGCUAGAAAAAUCUACAACAGUACUCUUGUCAAGGAUCGCUUUAAGGACUGUUGUGCAUGGGUGGAUGUAUCUCAAGGAAGCCAAACCAAAAGUGUGUUGCUUGACAUAUUAAAUUGUUUCAUGACGGUCUCAGAUGAAACGUCUCAAAAGCCUGUUGAAGAACUUAAAGAUGAACUAGGCAAGUGCUUGAAGGAAAAGAGGUAUUUUGUUGUUUUGGAUGACAUAUGGGACACUCAAGUGUGGGAAGAAGUAAGAGAAGCUUUCCCCAGUGAUUUAAAUGGAAGUAGAAUCCUAAUCACCAGCCGUGAAAAUGGAGUUGCUCCAUAUGAUAGUCCAACUAUUCCGUAUUUGUUGCAAUUUCUUGAUCUAGAUUCCAGUUGGGAACUUUUAAGCAAGAAGGCCUUUCGAGGACAAGAAUGUCCCUCCAAUUUGGUAACCGUUGGAAAAGAACUUGCAGAAAGUUGUAAGGGAUUACCUCUUUCUAUUGUUCUAUUGGGAGGUAUUCUAGCCGACAAACAAAAAUCAUAUAAAAUAUGGUCCAAAUUUGUUGGCAAUGUAAAUGCGCACCUCACUGUGGGUAUAAGCAUUCUAACAUUAAGCUACAACCAGCUGCCUCAGCACUUAAAACCAUGUUUUCUGUACCUCUGUUUGUUUCCAGAAGACUAUGAGAUCUCUGUAAAGCAAGUAACUGAAUUAUGGAUAGCAGAGGGAUUUGUGCAACCAACUGGCAACAGGACAGUAUAUGAUAUUGCAGAAGAGUACUUGGAGCAGCUUAUUGAUCGGAGCUUGGUUCAAGUUGCAAGCAGAAGAUAUGAUGGAGGUGUGAAGACAUGUUGCAUCCAUGACCUCCUACGAGACCUCUGUAUAAGAGAAAGCAGCCGAGAUAAGUUUCUUGGGAUUUAUUCAAAUGAUAAUAUUUCAUUGGUUAGCAAAUUCCGCCAACUUUCUUUCCAGUAUAAAGAUUAUCAAUCUUAUUCAAACUUCCAUUUUGAUAAACUAUCAUCCGCCCGUUCUCUGCUAAUCUUUAACAAUACGACCCAUCACUUGCGAUCUGAUUACAUACUAAAACCUAUUUGCAAAUGGACCAAGCUUGUCAGAGUACUGUCUAUUGAUGGAGAACUCAUAAAAAACAUUCCUAGACAAAUAGGAGAGCUGAUUUUUCUGAGAUGCCUUUGGAUAUACAGAGGUAAGUUUGAAAAGCUUCCAUCUUCCAUAUUCAAACUUGGGCAUCUUGAAACAAUCCAUUUAGACUCAAAAGUUUACGAUCAGUUGCCAAAGGGUGUAUGGAUGAUGAAGCAUUUAAGGUAUCUGCAUGUAUCCAAAUUUACAAAGUUGCCUGAUCUUCCUAGUUCAAUGGGCAUCCCCUUCGCGAAUCUCCAAGUCCUCUCUGGUUUAUGUGUCCAAAGGAAUACUGCACUUGUCAUUGCUAAAUGCCCAAACAUAAGGAAACUGAGGUUGAUGUUGGUGUACUCCAGCAAUGAGGGGCCACAUUUGAGGGAAACUGAGAUGGAAAACGCAAUGAAAAGCAUUGGGAAAUUGAAGUACCUCGAAAGCUUCAAAUUUGAAUAUGUCUACAAGGGUAGUCAUGAAAAGAUCAGAAUUAGUCUUGGAUUGGAGCCACUCCUCCCAUCAACACUGCUCACCAAGAUCUCUUUGACAUAUCCAAGUUUUGGGUUGGAUCACUUCAAAGUGCUAGCAAAGCAUCCCAGCAUCUGUGUGCUGAAGAUAACUUCAUGGGAUGAUUACGAACAAGACGUGGCGGCUUACGAUAUUAAUGUAGUCAAAGGUGAGUUUCCUCAACUCCAAGUCCUAGAAAUGAGAAAGCUGAAAAUCAGAACAUGGACAAUGGAGAUGGGUGCAAUGCCAAGCCUUCAGUGUCUUGUCAUCGACUCAUGUCAUUGCUUGAAAUAUCUACCACAUGAAAUCUGGUGCAUAACGACCUUGCAGCUCGUAGAGGUGUCCAACAUAUCAUAUGAGCUGAAGAAUAUGCUCGAGCAAUUGCAAGAAAACAGCAGGUGCAAGAUCUCCGUUAAAUGGUAA